AUGAUACAACUCCGACCCGCCAGAUUGGGAUUUGGGCCACGGAUUCUGUGCACGAGAGGCUUCUCGGCUUAUUCGUAUCUGCAAGAGAUUAGAGAUAUCCGAACGCUACCGCAACGUAUCAUACCCAAAUAUGAAGAAUCUCGCGAAGGCGACCUGCUUACGCUUCGGUGGCCGGAGCCUCCGAGGAACAUUCUCGUUGUCAAGAAAGAUUGUGCCCCACUGGUGACGGAAUCGCUGGUUGAAUUUGCUGCCCACACGAGGUCGACCUAUCCAUCAAUUGCCAUCAUCCUAGAACGAAAGACUGCCGAGGAAAUCCACUCUUCGCUUCCUUUCCCGGUCUACUCAACAUUGCCAGAUAAUGACCCAUCCGCAUUACACGACAAAGUUGACAUGACGGUCACCCUUGGGGGAGAUGGGACAAUCCUACGAGCAUCUUCCCUGUUCGCUGCAUGCGUUAAUGUACCUCCCAUGCUGUCGUUCAGUAUGGGAACACUGGGAUUUCUAAGCGAAUGGAAAUUUGCCGAAUACAAGCGCGCUUUUCGUGAAGUAUUUAUGUCUGGGGCGGGUGCCGGAGAUCGAGCACCGAUCCUGGAGGACCAGAUGGAAAAUGGGACCGGGCCAACGGGAUGGUCUUCGGUUCGUGGGAAAUCUAUGGGUUCGUCCAGGGGAGCUCGGAUUCUGAUGCGCAACCGUCUAAAGGUCGGGCUUUUCACAGUUGAUGGCAAACCAAUUCAAGUACAUGGAAACAUCCCUGUUGCACAGGAUCAUCUGGGUGCCCAGGGGGUGUAUGUCAUGAAUGAAGUGCUUCUUCAUCGCGGCAAGGAGCCGCAUCUAGCUGUGGUUGAUGUAUACGUCGGAGGCCGGUUCCUGACGGAAGCAGUGGCAGACGGGAUGAUCAUCUCAACGCCUACGGGCAGUACGGCAUACAGCUUAAGCAGUGGGGGGAGCAUUGUCCAUCCCCUGGUACCAGCGGUGCUUCUGACGCCUAUUUGUGCCCGGAGCCUCAGCUUCCGGCCUCUGGUUCUGCCCGCGAGCACGCCAAUCACGCUUCGAUUGAGUGAGAAAAAUCGGGGGCGGGAGCUAGAGGUCAGCAUUGACGGGGUCAAUUUGGGGCAGGGGAUGACGGUGGGCACGGAAGCUCGCGUGUGGAAUGAGGAGAUGCGGCAUGGCAAGAACGAGUGGCAUGGCGGCGUGCCAUGCGUGAUGCGGAAGGUCACAGGCGCUGAAGCGCAUGAUGGCUGGGUGGGAGGUCUGAAUGGACUGCUGAAGUUCAAUCACCCGUUUGGAGAGGAGCACUGA